CUUUUGGGGUUGGAUUGGCUCCCCUAUCUCGGCCUUAGCUUAACGGGAGUACAUGCUGUCUCACCUUCCGAUAUCGACACCCUAUUUUCAGAUUAUGCUGAUGUAUUCAGCAAUGAAUUGGGCUGUUACAACGGUACGCCCAUUUCUUUUUCAGUGGACCCGCAAGCUGUCCCCAUCCGCUUGAAACCGCGGAGAGUACCAUUUGCUCUGCGUUCUAAGCUGGAUGCAGAACUAGAUAAAUUGCUUAAGCAAGGGGUGAUCGAGCCCACAGAUUUUGCUAAAUGGGAGACUCCAAUUGUCACACCCCUUAAAAAAGAUGGCAGUAUAAGAAUGUGUUCUGACUACAAGACCACAAUCAACCGCUAUCUACAGACUAGCGCAUAUCCAGUCCCAGUAAUCCAACACUUACUACACACAUUGGCCGAAUUGCAAACAAUUGUCACCCACAGAGGGGCAUUUCGAUGCAAGCGCCUCCAAUUUGGCGUUAGCGUCGCCCCAGGUAUUUUCCAGUCAUUAAUGGAACGGAUACUGCAAGGCCUCCCUGGCGUAGUUCCGUACUUUGAUGACAUCUUGGUUUCAGCCCCUCUGUUGGGACUCCUCUCAGGAGAAAAACAAACACCGCAAGUCUUGUCUCCCAGGAUGACUAGGUGGACCUUAUUCCUGGCAGCUUACUCGUACAAACUGGUUCACCGCCCAGGAAAAAACCUUAGCCACGCCGACGCUCUCAGCCGCUGCCCGUUGCCAGCACCCGUGGAGGACCCGGCCCCGGUCCAUGCAAUUUUCGAUGCCAGUGAGUUUAACAUCCCAGUCACCGCCGGUGACAUAGCUCUCCACUCCAAGAAAGACAAACUUAUUGCCCAGGUCCUGGACUGGGUACGGAGGGGGUGGCCGGGCAGUAAUCUGUCAACUGAUUUCUUACCGUUUAAAACCCACCAGCAGGAACUUUCCAGUUUACAGGGCUGCCUACUAUGGGGGACCAGAGUGGUCAUUCCAAAACCGCUGCGUACGCCCGUCCUGAAAGCGUUACACGAGGGGCACCCCGGCAUCGUUCGGAUGAAAGCAUUGGCUCGGAGUUAUGUAUGGUGGCCCGGCAUGGACGACGAAAUCGCGAAAUGGGUAAGCUCCUGCCGCCCCUGCCAAGAAUCCAGGCCAGCACCACCGAUUGCUACCCCAACCAAAUGGGAGAGUGCCAACGCACCGUGGUCACGAUUGCACAUUGACCUGGUAGGUCCCUUCCAUGGCAAGACUUUCUUAGUGGUCGUGGAUUCAUUCUCCAAAUGGAUAGAUGUGGCCCUCCUACUCACAACUACCACCCGAGCAGUUGCCCAGGCUCUGACCCGCUUAUUUGUUACACAUGGUCUACCUGACACCAUAGUCUCAGAUAAUGGCCCCCAAUUUGCCUCCACAGAAUUCAGCCGGUAUGUCACCAACCUGGGCAUCCGGCAUAUCCUAACGGCUCCCUUUCACCCUGCCAGCAAUGGGUUGGCAGAGAGAGCCAUUAGGACAGCGAAAGAAGCAUUGACAAGAUUCACUCGCUUAAGGACAGUAUUAGAUAGACUGCAUCCCCACUACUGCCCUGACACACCAAUUGGUUCUAACAGUAGGGUCAGGAGUUUUAUGUUACAGGACCAAGUGUUCGCCAGAAACUACGCAGGCGAUCCACUGUGGGUACCCGGAAAGAUCGUGGCCAUCACCGGCCCAAGAUCAUACCGCGUCCAGCUAGAGGAUGGUCGUAUAUGGCGGAGGCAUCUGGACCAGAUAAGAAGUCGCCAGAGCGAACAUGCCAACACUGAUCCAGGGACUCCGGUGACUGUCCAAUCGCCGCAUCCGAAUCCCAGCUGCGACCUCCAGAGUGACCAGUCAUCACCAGCCGAGCCAAGAGAACGGACGGUAGACCGGGACCGUCCUACAGAGGCGUCAGCCAUUCCAACCAGCGACACCACCGGUCUUAUUUAUGAUAUCGAGGGAGCACAUAAUCCAGUUAAUGAAAACUGUAACAUAUUCUAG